GUGUCAUGCUAGUGUAGGUUUUGUGCGAUGCCAGAAAGUCCAGCCCAUUUACAGAUUUAGUUGAAUCAUCCAUAUCAGAACGGCGUCGUCGCUUUCGUCGUCUUAGGUAGCCUCAUCCAGAGGAGUGAACACGUGGCAUCUCCUUCCCGCUUCCUUGUUCUCUGUAAACAAAUUCUCUGAUAAUCACUCUCGCCAAAGCUUUUCCGCACCUCUAUCAAUGGCGUCCAUAUCCAUAUCCAUAUCCAUGUCAUGCUUCUGUCCCUACGCCCAGUCUCGACCUAGGGUUCAACACCCUCGCCGGUCUUCCUCCAAUAGGAAAUCCCGACGAGAGAGGAACCUGAAAAACCCUCCUACCCCUCCUGCUCAGCACAAGGCGCCAAAGGGAACGAAAGAGCUGUUUUCUCUCGGCGUUGAAGCCACUACCUACACUCGCUUGCCUCCCAGGGAUGACUUUUCUAUAUCUUCAUUAGAUGAUUCCAUUUCGUAUCAGUUCUCCGAAGUUAAGCUCUCCGAAUCGAGCUUGGCGAUGGAGACUAACCGCGAAGUUGAGAAUUUAGGCAUCGAAGACGAUGAUGGUGAUGAAGAAGAAGAAGACAUUGAAGAUGGUGAUUUGGGGCUGAAGUACGGUAAAUUUGAGAUAUUUGAAGUGGAUGAUGUCGAUGAAGAAGAAGUACAAGGGUUUUACGAUGGAGGUGGAGCCAUGGAACUAGAGUAUGGGACUGUUAAAGAGAAGGGAGUUCCGGCAGUAAUGCGAUGUUUUGACAGGGCAAAAAUAUUUGCAAAAGCUGGGGAUGGAGGGAAUGGGGUGGUGGCAUUCCGGCGAGAAAAGUACGUGCCAUUGGGAGGUCCGUCUGGCGGAGACGGCGGGCGAGGCGGGAAUGUAUAUAUCGAGGUCGAUGGGUCGAUGAAUUCUCUGUUGCCGUUUCGAAAUAGCGUCCAUUUUCGAGCUGGGAGAGGGAGUCAUGGGCAGGGGAAGAUGAUGGCUGGUGCUAAGGGAGAGGAUGUGGUGGUGAAGGUGGCGCCAGGGACAUUGAUUAGAGAAGCUGGUAAGGAUGAAGUGCUCUUGGAGUUGUUACAUCCGGGACAACGGGCUUUGCUGUUGCCCGGAGGUAGAGGUGGGAGAGGGAAUACGGCGUUUAAGUCUGGGACUAAUAAGGUGCCCAGGAUUGCAGAAAAUGGUGAAGAGGGUCCUGAAAUGUGGUUGGAGCUAGAGCUAAAGUUAGUUGCAGAUGUUGGGAUAGUUGGUGCACCAAAUGCAGGAAAGAGCACACUCCUUAGUGUGAUAAGUGCAGCGCAGCCAACAAUAGCAAACUACCCCUUUACAACUUUAUUGCCUAAUUUGGGUGUAGUUUCUUUUGACUACGAUUCUACCAUGGUUGUAGCAGAUCUGCCAGGUUUACUUGAAGGAGCACACCGAGGGUUUGGUUUAGGUCACGAGUUUCUAAGGCACACUGAAAGGUGUUCUGCACUGGUGCAUGUCGUUGAUGGUUCAUCACUUCAACCAGAGUUUGAAUUUGAUGCAGUUCGUUUGGAGCUGGAGAUGUUCAGUCCUGAAAUUGCAGAAAAGCCUUUUGUUGUUGCUUUUAACAAAAUGGACCUUCCGGAGGCACGUGAAAACUGGCCUUCCUUCAAGGAACAUCUACAAGCUCUAGGAAUUGAACCAUUUUGCAUUAGUGCAGUACAAAGGGAUGGCACUCAUGAAGUGAUCAGUGCUGCUUACAAGAUUCUUCAAGAAAGAAAAGCAACCAUGGAGGAGGAGUCAUAUGGUUGGGGAGAUACUGUUGAUUUGAACCAUGUAGCUACUACAGUGCGUAAACAGAGAACUGCAUCGAUCAAUGAGUUUGAGAUUUCUCAUGACAGUAGUACCAAUACCUGGUUUGUUGUGGGAUCUGGGUUGCAGCGUUUUGUUCAGAUGACAAACUGGAGAUACAUGGAUUCUGAGAAAAGGUUCCAGCAUGUUCUAGAGGCUUGUGGUGUGACCAAGUCCCUUAUGAAGCAGGGUGUCAAGGAAGGUGACACUGUGAUAAUUGGAGAGAUGGAGAUGGUGUGGCAUGAUGCUGCCGACAAUUCAGGUUCAUCAAAUAUGAAAAGAUCUGAUUCAAUCAAAUGGCCUGAAUGGAAGUGAUCACCAUUUAAAAUUCUUAGUUCAGAGAUUGUGGCUGUGAAUACAAGAAGCUUUUUUUUAAGACCAACUAAAUCAUAGCUCAGAAGUAAUUAUCCAAGGAAGUAGGAACUGCACCCUGAAUUUCAGUAGCAAAACCGGUACAACAACAGUGGUAAAACCAGGUAGGAAAAACGCAGCAGCAAUCUGCAGUAUAGAAGAAGUCAGAAGAAGAAUAGCCCAGUUCAGGUCAUCUACGUGUUUGAUGUUCUAAAUGCUGAUUAAGAUGAAGCAUUUUAAUUGCUUGAGAUAUGUUUCUGCCAUAGAUUUAUGCUUGUGGAGGCUCAGUGGCAUACAGAGCUAUCGAUUGGCAAAAAUGUAAAAUGAGGUCUUAUGCUGGUUUUUGAUCCAUGACAAAUUAAGAGAGUAAAUUAUGGCUGUACAGAGGUUUUAUUUUUUAAUUUUUUAAAGCAUUGUGGAUUUACAUUGAGAAUAUGCAAUGCCCUAUAUAAUGUUGCAUGGUUUUUUCUUCGAGUA